CAGCUCUCCCCAGUUGCCAACGGAGAUUUGAUAUAAUAAAUAUAAUUUUUUUUUUUUUUUUUUUUGGCCUCUCCUUCUCUGUAUUGUUCGGUCCUCGUUCUCUCCUCUACCUCCCUGAAUCUCGCCGCGUCGAAGGAGAACGAGAACGAGGAGAGGGCGAAGUGGUGUUGGUUCGAAUUCGGUCGUCGUUGAUUCAGGUAUUCGUUCGUCGUUGAUUCAGGUAUUCCAUUUCUGAUCGAAUCGAAUCGGAUCGAGUGUUGCCAGGGUUUGAUCCGCCGGCGAAGAAGAUGAUGUCGAGAUCGUACACGAACCUUCUGGAUCUCGCGGCGGGGAACUUCGCCGCCUUGGGCGGCGGCGGAGGGGGCGGCGGCGGCGGCGGCGGGGGGCGAUCGGGGCUGAAGCGGAUGCCGAGGGUGAUGACGGUGCCGGGGACGCUGUCGGAGAUGGAGGACGAGGAGCGCGCGAACAGCGUGUCCUCCGACGUGCCCUCGUCGCUGGCCCAGGACCGGAUCAUCAUCGUGGCGAACCAGCUCCCCGUGCGGUCGAAGCGCCGCCCCGACGGGCGCGGGUGGAGCUUCGGGUGGGACGAGGACUCGCUCCUCCUCCAGCUCAAGGACGGGCUCCCCGACGACAUGGAGGUGCUGUACGUGGGCUCCCUCCGCGUGGACGUGGAGCCGCACGAGCAGGACGACGUGUCCCAGACCCUGUUCGAGCGGUUCAAGUGCGUCCCGGCGUUCAUCCCCCCCGAUCUGCUCGACAAGUUCUACCACGGGUUCUGCAAGCAGCAGCUGUGGCCGCUCUUCCACUACAUGCUCCCCUUCUCCGCCGACCACGGCGGCCGCUUCGAUCGCGGGCUCUGGGAGUCGUACGUGCUCGCCAACAAGCUCUUCUCGCAGAAGGUGAUCGAGGUCCUCAACCCCGAGGACGACUACGUCUGGAUCCACGACUACCACCUCAUGGUGCUCCCCACCUUCCUCCGCCGCCGCUUCAAUCGCCUCCGCAUGGGCUUCUUCCUCCACAGCCCCUUCCCCUCGUCGGAGAUCUACCGGACCCUCCCCGUCCGCGAGGAGAUCAUCAAGGCGCUGCUCAACUGCGAUCUCAUCGGAUUCCACACCUUCGACUACGCCCGCCACUUCCUCUCCUGCUGCAGCCGCAUGCUCGGCAUCGAGUACCAGUCCAAGAGGGGCUACAUCGGCCUCGACUACUUCGGCCGCACCGUCGGGAUCAAGAUCAUGCCGGUCGGCGUCCACAUGGGCCAGCUCCAGUCGGUGCUCCGCCUGCCCGACAAGGAGUGGCGCGUCGCGGAGCUGCGCCAGCAGUUCGAGGGGAGGACUGUUCUAUUGGGCGUCGACGACAUGGACAUCUUCAAAGGCAUCAAUCUCAAGCUUCUUGCUUUCGAACACAUGCUCAGGUUCCAUCCCAAGUGGCAAGGGAGGGCGGUCCUCGUCCAGAUUGCGAACCCGGCCCGCGGCCGCGGGAAGGACCUCGAAGAAAUAAAGGCCGAGAUACGAGACAGCUGCAAGAGGAUCAAUGAUGAGUUCGGGCGGCCGGGUUACAGCCCCGUCGUGUUUAUCGAUCGCUCCAUGCCCAGCGUCGAGAGGAUCGCCUACUACACUGUAGCUGAAUGCGUUGUGGUGACUGCGGUGAGGGACGGGAUGAACCUCACCCCGUACGAAUACAUCGUCUGCAGGCACGGGAUUUCUGGGUCCGAUUCUGAAUCCGAGGCCGACGGCCCGCGAAGGAGCAUGCUGGUUGUGUCGGAGUUCAUCGGCUGCUCGCCCUCGCUGAGCGGUGCGAUCCGCGUGAACCCUUGGAAUAUAGAAUCAACAGCCGAAGCGAUGAAUGAGUCCAUAUCGCUGUCUGACGCUGAAAAGCAGCUGCGGCAUGAGAAGCACUAUAGAUACGUCAGCACGCAUAACGUGGCUUAUUGGUCGAAGAGCUAUCUGCAGGACUUGGAGAGGGCUUGUAAGGAUCACUUUCGGAGGAGGUGCUGGGGAAUCGGGUUAGGCUUUGGUUUCAGGGUGGUCGCGCUUGAUCCCAAUUUCAGGAAGCUUAAUGUGGAUGCCAUUCUCUCAGCUUAUGAGAGAUCUAAGAGCAGGGCGAUAUUGCUGGAUUAUGAUGGGACGGUGGUGCCGCAGACAUCUAUUAACAAGACUCCAAGUUCGGAGGUUAUAAGGAUCAUUAAUGCUUUGUGUUCGGAUAAGAAGAAUGUGGUUUUUAUUGUCAGUGGGAGAGGGAGGAACAGCUUAGGUAGGUGGUUUGCCCCGUGUCCGAAGCUCGGCAUCGCAGCUGAACAUGGUUACUUUUUGAGGUGGUCUGGAGAUGGAGAAUGGGAAACCAGCAGCCAGAGCUCAGACUUUGGAUGGAUGCAGAUGGCGGAGCCAGUCAUGAAACUAUAUACAGAAGCCACUGAUGGGUCAUACAUUGAAACCAAAGAAAGUGCUCUUGUAUGGCACCAUCAAGAUGCUGACCCUGGCUUUGGCUCGGCUCAAGCAAAGGAAAUGCUCGAUCAUCUUGAGAGUGUGCUUGCGAAUGAGCCAGUCUCCGUCAAGAGUGGUCAGUUCAUUGUUGAAGUCAAGCCUCAGGGAGUCAGCAAAGGCUUAGUAGCGGAGAAGAUCCUCUCCUCCAUGAAGGAGAGCCGGAGGCAAGCGGAUUUAGUGCUGUGCAUCGGGGACGACAGGUCGGACGAGGACAUGUUCGAGGGCAUUGCCACCACAAUUUCGAGGAGCUUGGUCGACCCCAACACAGCCCUCUUUGCCUGUACCGUCGGCCAGAAACCCAGCAAGGCCAAGUACUAUCUUGAUGACACGGCCGACGUCCUAAACAUGCUCGGAGCCCUCGCGGAAGCCUCCAAAGAGGCCAGUGUACUAGAGGCGUUGAGUGGAGAAGAGUCGGCGCCGUCCUCCGACGAUGAAACUGAUAAACCCCAGUGAGAGCUAAUAUUCAACUAAACUCUGCAGUUUAGAAAGAUCAUUCUUUUUUUGGGUUGGUUGUUCAGAAAAACUGGGAGUAUAUCAACUAAUUGGUCUUUGUUAAGAAUUCUCGUUCCAUCAGCCGACUUUUUCCAUCUGGAGUUGGGGCAUUCAAAGGGUUCCGAAGUUUCUCAAGGCUCCCAAUAUUAGUUGCAUUUGUUGAUAACUAAUUCAAGGGUUUUCCUUUUUCUUUUUUUUUUUUUUUUUUCUUUACUAAACAAAUCUCAGAGACAGCAGAAGCGGUGAACGACGAGGGAGAAACCUAUCAUUAUAUAUCAAUGUAAGAAUCAAUGGGGCGUGGAAAUGCCUCCUUCUAUCGUUCUACUGGCUAAAGAAAUUUGUGUAGUUCCGUCUCUGACAGUGUUAACAAAUGAAUAUUCAAUGACAACAUUUUCUUGCUGUGAAUUAUUUGUUUCUUAUUUGGUUU